CAGUUGAGAACUGGCGGCGCUUGAGUAAGGGAGGAAAGCGGUGGAAGGAGGGGUGGGGUUAACUGCAGGGAGGGAGAGAUUCGAACUUUGGGUGUGCGUGGAGGAGUCAUCCUUCUCUCAUUUAGUUAACUCUUUCCUCUCCGAAGUGGAAACCAUUUUUAACUCGUUCGGGACUGGAGAAUUUUUAAUAGCUGAAGCUUGGGAUAGAAAUAUUUUUCAAGCGAUUUUUGAGGUCCAAAUUGUUGAGAAAAAAAGAAGAACUGUUACAUACUCAGACUCUUGGCACUGGAACUGCCUUCAGCUUUUUCGUACCUGAACUGUUAACCCUUGAUUGUGUGGAUUUGGACAUUUAACAUUUAUCACCUGCGCUGGAGUGAGAACCCUGCUGCUUAACUCUUCAGUGAGUGGCCUUUUGUCUCUCGUAUCUUCAUUUUUUAAAUAUAAUUAUUGUUACAAGGCGUUUUAAGGACAUACUGGCUCUGUUGCGGUGGCUCCUUCUUUAGCUGGAACUUUUUUUUUGCUUUUAAUCUUUUUAUACUUUGAGAUGUGCAACUUUUCUACUGUGUGAGAAACAGGAGAAGUAGAGACUACAGGAAAAAACCGGAUACUUCCACACUUCCCAGAAGGUAAUGAACAUUUAAAGACUAUUGAUGACCAAGACACCUUGCCGGUCUUUCUUUUCCUGCAAAGUUUAAUGUUUGUAACAGUCUAGAAAUUUAAGAAAGAACAAGAAAGGCUUCCAGAUUAAUACUCCUGAUAACUAUUCUGCGAUUAAGCAGUAAGAGUUCUGUAAAGGCUUGCAAGUUGGGCUGAAGUGUUAAAAGUAUUUUUUUUCUCAGAACUUGUGAAGCUGGCAUUCCCAACCCCAUCGCAAGGCACUGUCGGCUAAUUAAAUUCUCCCUCCUUCAAGAGAGGAGGGAGUCAACCCCUCGGACUUAGUAGCCAACAAUCUUUUUCGGACUGAGGAAAUCGCUAAAAGCACCAGCUAUGGCUGAUGCUGCCCUCUCUGCCAAUCUGAGGCAACAGCCUAAUGGCAAAACAACUUUUUCCCCCUGCAGGGAUGCAGGUGGAGGAGAUAGUGGUGGAGGGGGACCUUUUGUUGGAUCUCCACCCACUAACCAGGAACUGCUCCAAGGAAGAGAGAUUGCCGAUAGAUGGCAAUCAAGAGAGGUGGUUAAGCAGGAUGGCAGGCCGGUCAGUACUGAUGUUUCCUUCCCUGGUAUAGAUUUCACAGUUCCUGUGGUUGGAGGAAGCCAAAGUCUGGGUACCCCAGAGAUUAAUCAGAUUGAGGACCAGACAUUUGGGGUGGCUGCAGACAUCCAAGAUGCAGGAGAUGAAGAACAGCCAGACCUACAGGAGCAGGGAUACUGUGGGCCUGUUGACCAGAGUUGCAGAUCCCAGUCUGGUGAAGAAGAGGAAAAACAGUUGGGCAAAAAGAAACAUAGAAGGCGCCCUUCAAAGAAGAAGAAACAUUGGAAGCCUUAUUACAAACUCAGCUGGGAAGAGAAGAAGAAGUUUGAUGAGAAGCAGAGUCAACGGGCUUCCAGGAUGCGGGCAGAGAUGUUUGCUAAAGGACAGCCUGUUGCACCAUACAAUACCACACAGUUUUUGAUGGAGGAUCAUGAUCAAGAAGAACCAGAUUUGAAAACAAGCCUUUACCCCAAAAGAUCUGCCACCAAGUCAGAUGAAACCAGUGAGGAAGACUUUGUGGAAGAGGAGGAUGGGGGUAGUGAUGGGAUGGGAGGGGAUGGUACAGAAUUCCUUCAGAAGGAUUUUUCAGAGACAUAUGAGAGAUAUCAUGUAGAGAGCCUACAGAAUAUGAGCAAACAGGAGUUGAUCAAGGAAUAUUUGGAGUUGGAGAAGUGUCUUUCCAAAAUGGAGGACGAGAACAAUCGCCUACAGAUGGAGAACAAGAAAUUUACAGGGGACUCAACAGAGGACCCCAGGGUAAGUCAGUUAGUACAGGAACUGGACAGGUUGAGAGCUGAGAACCAGAAACUCUUGAAAGAAAAGGAACUUGGCAGAGAACAGGAGAACAAUUUCUCUAAACUGGGAGAAUGAAACUGAACAUUUUCUGAGGACAUAAGUGGAAUUGGACAGAAACCAUCCCAAGAUGCUGUAUUCAUAUUGUGGGGUGCACAUGUGUGUGUGUGUGUGUGUGUGCGCGCGCGCGCACACACACACACACAUAGAAACAGGACUUUUAUGUGAUUUAAUCAGAAUAAAUUCACAAUCUUACACUGUUUUUGAAGAUAGUUCUAAUAUAGUGCGUGCUCUUUUUUUAAUUAUGUGUAAUCAAGGGGUUUGGGAUUUGUUUUUUAAAAUAAGAACACAGAAUAUCCAGCAUUCCUAGGGGGAAAAAAUCUAAAAGUUCAUCGGAUUCAUAUGAAACAGAAUUUGUGAUCCUUAUAAAGGAGAGACAUUGGUGAAGAGGGACUGGGGCAUGGGAAGGAACAUGUAAAAUAGUCACAUUCUGGGGGGGAAAGGCUACCCAGAUACAUGAAAAGAAUUUAAAUAAAUAAGGUCAUGUCAGCAUAAUUAUUCUGGUGUGAUUUCUAGAAAAAUAAUUCAAAAUAUUUUCUUUUGGCAGAGAAUAUUGUGAAUAAUUUUUCCAGGCAACUCACUUUAAAGGAAUAUGAAUUGGAAAGGAUGGAUUAUUCUAAGCCAUUGUGUGGUUGGUCUAAUAGAAGACCAAAGAAAAACAUCCACAGUCCAAAUUUACUAUAUUUACUAGAGCAUUCUUUAUUUGUUAUAUGUUUUAUAAUUAUGGGGUGGGUGGAGGGGGGUGAGCUGCCAAAGCAAGUUACUUUGUUUAACUACUCUGUUUGGCUCCACAAUAAACCUGCAUGGUAAGUCUCUGUUUCCAUCUUUAUACUUUAGAGUCAGAGGAUGGGCAGGUGUGACCUGCCCAAGGCAGUAGAGGUGGAGCUUUCAAAUCCUAUUGCCUAACUGCUGUUUUCUGUCACUGAAAAUGUUGAAUAGAGAUAUUGCUUGCUUUUUAUCCAUAAAUUAUUUUGCUGCUUUAAUAAGUAAUUAUAGAUAACACUUGAGGAGAAGGAAAUGGCAAAUCACCUUUCUCUUUUUUAAAAAUUCAGGCUUUAGUUUGGAUAGGAUAAGAUGACUUUGCUGUGCUAUUCAACUUUGUAAUUUAGAUCAACAGCCAAAAAAGCAGUUUUCCAGUGGCCAUCCCAGUUAAUAGCUUGCAAUGCUUUUUCUUUGUGUUCAUUUUGCUGGCCAAAUUGAUAUAGCCAUUUAUCUUACCAAACAUGUUUUGCCAGAUAUUCUGUCUUUAUCUUAGUUUGGUAGCCUUAGCUCACUUUCUUCAACUAUCUGGACAGUUCAUCUAUAUAGGAAGCCUAAUUCCCCCCCCCCCCAAGAUCAUGGUGAUACAGAUAAAAGAGGAUCAUGUGUACAUGCAGACAUUAUGAAAGUUUCUGAUAUGAUAUUAUGCAUCAGGCAGCCUAGUGUAAUCUGGUUAUAGGAAUCAUAAUCUUAAAAGAAUCAUUUUCUAUUAGAACUGUCAGCUGAAACUGAUGGGACUGAAAUCUAAGCAAUCGUAGGAUCUGUCACAGUUAUGAUAGCUUCUUUCAAUGCAACUCCCACUUGAAAUUGAGAAUUGCUUUCAAAUAAACAUGGAUAAGUUCUUACUUGUGUAGCCUCUUUAUCCAAGCUAUCAACUGGACAGGUUUUUUUUAGUGUUAAAUAUUAAGGAAAGUGGGAUCCUUUUGUGUUCCCAACACUAUUCCAUUAAUUCUGCAAAAGCAAGUUAUCGUUUUGAUGAAUUCAAUCUACAAAAAUAUGGGAGGGAAUUGAGUGAAUACAGACUUCUGCCUUUACCACAAAACUUGUAUUUCAUUUUACUCUAUUGUGGUGCACACAUAGUCUUGGUAUAUAUAAUGCUGUUCAAUUUCAUAGUAUAUAGUAUUUUAUAUUUUUCUUUCCUCCUAAUAAUUGCCCCUCCUUAUUUUUUUAAAAAAGAAAUGUCUUUAGUAGUACAUUAGACAAGUUUGUUUAGAUAAUAAUAUGUAAAUAUUUUAUGGCUUGUCUUAUAAAUCUCUGUCAUCCUCUAAAAAAUAGACAAGGUAAAUUUUAAAGCCAAUAUAAAACAAAAUUAGUGAUCCUUAAGUGGUCAGCCUUAACCUGACCAUUAAGAUAUGUAAGGAACAAAGCAAGUCUUCAUUUUCUGUGGAAUAGAAGGGCCAAUACUGAGGGGCACUGUGACAGAAAAAAGGCCUCACUUCAUGCCUACCAGUCUGAUCUCUCUGGGAGAGAAUCUAGAAAGGAGCUGUACCUGUAAAUUAUGGGCUAAUAUUCAAACCCCCUAACAAUUAGAAAUACUCAACGAUUAAGACAACAGGCAGCAUUCAGUUUAAUUGUGAAAAUGAGUUCAUAUGGCAAGGAGGCAGGCAUGGACUUGUCUGGAGGGCAUUCUAGAUUUCUUAACCAAAAUGCAGAGCUCUCUGCAGUGAUUAGACAGACUCCAUGUUUUAGAGUUGUAUUGGCUACUAAAACCUUUCUGCAUUAACAGAUUAAAAUGAGCUGCUGAUUGGUCUGCUCUUUGAUUCAACUGGAGUCCCAGAAUUAUAUGAUGGGCCAUGGUUAUUUCAGGUUGUAGAUACAUUUUAGUUCAAGACCUUAUUUUCUGAAGCCAUUUCAAUCAUUAGUUCUCCCCUUCUUCAUUUGUCCCAUGGAUACUUUCCUUACCCUGCUACUUUCCACUGUUCACUUUUCCCUUUCAUCAGCCAAGUUGGUUGAGGAUUGUCUUAAUUCCUCUCCCCCCCCCCCCACCUAGGGAAGAUAAGACACAGUUGGGUGGUUGGUCUACUCCACAAGUGAAGCUUGAAAGAAAAAAACAGCCUUCUGAAGGCCAAAGUCUAUAAAUCAAACUUACUGCUCUGUAGUGGAGGCUGAGAUAUCUGAGGAUUCAUUCUUAGAAAAUGGGAGGAGGUUGAUUAAGACGGGGACUUGGCAGUUUUUGGAAGGGGCUUUCCAGCCACUGUCAGAAGAUAGACUCAUCCAGGUUUGGGGGAAAUGAAAAAGCAGCUCUCUGCUUUGUUUGAGGGAGGAUGUUUUUAGGAAUGGGUGUAAUGUCAUCCAAACCCCUUCAGCUGCCAAACUGCAGGAAGGGUGAAACUUCCAACUGUGAUACCAGAGAGAAGUCUUGAAUUUUUAGUUUGUGCCUUCUAGAAUAAAAUGCUGCUUGUCUCUCUACUCCAAGGCAACAGAUGAUAGAGCUCUUCUGAAAGGAAGUGGUCUGGCUGAUUACAUACCUUAUAGGUGGAAGCCAGGCAAAAUAACUUGCUAUUUCAUUCAGAAAUACCCAAUCUGGGUUUGAAAUCAUAAUCCAUUUUUUUCUAUAUCCUUGAUUUUCAAUAAUUUAUAAAAGGUAGCAUUUUUUUCUCAGCCCAACUUUUUCUGGUGUAAAAUAUAUGAAUAAAUAUGUUUCACAACUGCAGAAACUAUAGAGUUGUAUGUAACUCUUAACUCCUGCUUAGUUAAGAGUCAGUGUGGAUCUGGCAAUAGUUUUGUUGUUGCUGAAUUUUUUUCCUUCUGGGGAUUGGCAAAAUUUUGUCCAUAGCAAAACUUUUGUGCCUUUCAGCAUGUAGGAAUUCAAAUAUUAAAUUUAUGAUUAAAAAUCCUCACAUACAA